AUCAGAGUUGAUAUCCGGAGCGGAAACAAGUAAUUUCGUCAUCCAAUUAAGUCUUAAGAAGACGACCAUUACCACGUUGAUUAACAUCGUAUCAAAAAACCAUGUUCCCGCCGUUUUCGUAACUCUUCGCGCCAUUGACAGAAUAUGUGGUGUGAGUAACCAACGACGAAGAGGGGGCAAACGCGUCGAACAACAGCGAAACAGUGGGAUAGGCAGACAAUGCGAGACUUGGCUGGUCAUUGGUGCGGUCAUACGAAUUACCUCGCAACUCUUCAGUGUCUUCAGUAUUCGAUGUGCAGUGAAUGACUAGUGGACUUCAAAGUUGAAUGCCCUUACGGCGCGCGAUAGUUACUUAAAACAAGGCUAAUACUAAAACGAUUAUGGGUUCACAAAAGACGUGAUUAUGUUAAUUUCCAGAAGAAACUAAACUAUAAUGGAGUGCUUUUGUUCCAAAUCUGUGUCGGUCCAUUGCAAAAUUGUGUUCUUAGACGAGACGGAACUGGUGCACGAACUACAAAGUAACAGUACCGGACAGGCGCUGUUGGACAUCGUCUUCCGGCAUUUAAAUUUGCUAGAGACGGCUUAUUUUGGUUUGCGAUUCUUGGAUCAAAACGGUCAGACCCAUUGGCUCGACCCGUCAAAAAAAUUGAACAAGCAAAUUAAAGGACCUGACCCAUACACUUUGUAUUUUGGGGUCAAAUUUUAUGCAGCUGACCCAUGCAAACUUUUGGAAGAAAUUACCAGAUACCAGUUUUUUCUUCAAAUCAAGCAAGAUAUUCUGCAAGGAAGGUUAUUAGUACCGUUUGAAUUGACAGCAGAACUAGGUGCUUACAUUCUGCAGUCAGAAUUAGGAGAUUAUGAUCCCCGGCGACAUGGAUAUGGAUAUGUUUCAGAAUUUCGAUUUUUACCCAACCAAAGUGUAGAACUGGAAAUGAGAAUUGCCGAACUACAUCAAACGUUAGUUGGUCAGCUACCUUCCCAAGCAGAAAUCAAUUAUCUGGAUAAAGUGAAGUGGCUGGAAAUGUAUGGCGUUGAUUUACAUCCAGUUUUAGGGGAAGAUCAUGUGGAAUAUUUUUUGGGAUUAACACCUAGUGGUAUUGUCGUUUUAAGGAAUAAAAAUACAGUAGGGAAUUAUUAUUGGCCUCGAAUUACGAAGAUAUACUUCAAAGGAAGAUAUUUUAUGUUAAGAGUGACUGACAAGAAUAAUGAUGAGUGCACAUAUGGGUUUGAAACUCCAUCCAAAUCUGCAUGCAAGCACUUGUGGAAAUGUUGUGUUGAACAUCAUGCUUUCUUCAGACUAGUACAGGUGCCGCCCACAACACCAGAUAUAUUCGCCCUUGGAUCUAGAUUUAGGUACAGUGGCAGAACAGAAAAGCAGGCAGUAAGAGAUGCUCAAAUGAGACUGCGUCAACCUCCAACAUUUUCACGCAACCCUUCAAGGAGGUUUCAGAAAAGAACUUUGGGCAACAAUGAAAUUCAUUUGGCUAAUGAAUCUGCUUAUAAAUCAUACAUUCCAAAACAGGAAUUGAAACACAUCUCACUACCAUUGCCAGCUGACAACUGUGAAAGUUCCUAUAAUUCUGCAACAUUGAAGAGUAACAUGACUAAUAACAAAUAUGAUUCCCCUAGAAGCACGCGGAGUGCGCCUUGGUCGCAGCCUCACUCAAAAGGGCUAUACAAUUCAUCUGUACCUCCUAGUCCUCGAUCUGUCCGAUCAGGUAGCCGCUAUAGGUCUUCAUCUGUAGAUAGCCAAAGUUCCAAUGAUUCACGUUCUUGUAAAAAAAGACGACACAGAAGCAGAACGUCCGAUAAUGAGAGUGAAUUAUCCAAAAGUUCAAACAAAUCGAAAAGAAAGCACCGGAGGAGAAAAUCAAAAAGUAGACGCGAUUCGGGUUCGGAAUUUGAAUCAAAAUCUCUAGACAACCGAAAGUCUAGAUCAAAGUCUGAUAAUUACUAUGAACUGGUUGAUUCGGAGUUGCAGUGGCAAGAAGUACAAAUGAAAAACCAAAGCCGGGACAGUAAUUCCAACUCCAUCCAACAAGCUAAUGUGGUGAGCAGCAGAAGUCGAGGACAUGAAAAAUCUAAACAACACUCUUCACCUGAUUAUGGCACAGGUAAUCGACCCCGUAAACACAGGAAACAUAGGUCAAGGUCGAGGUCACCCAGUGAAUCAAAAUCUUGGCUUACAGACGAACUAAAGAAGCAUUUAGAAUUUGAUUUAGUGGACACUUCCGGAAUGAGUGAUUUACAACUAAGAGAAAUUCCUUACACAGUGGUGAAAACUAAUUAUUCCACACAUGUAAAACUGAAAUCACCGAACUUAAACAAAAGCGACAUCAAUAAUGUAUCAUCUUAUUCAUUUCAAUUUCGAGAUAAGAGUUUGCACGACCAGCCUUCCUUGGUGAAUGAAGCAAUGACUAAUUUUUCCUUUCCAGAUGAUAAUAAUAGUGAAAUUUUAAAAGUUUCUGAUCAUAUGAAACAUAAUUUUUAUAACGGUAGCCAAUCUACUCAUUCUAGUAUUUAUUCCAAUCAAAUUAAUGGCCCUAUGCAAGAAAAUUUUUCGAAUUUUCAUAGAGUUCAACACGAACAUUCCGAUUCGGGGUUGGGAGUGGAACAAGACUGUGAUAUUAAAAGGCAACAUAGAUUGUAAAUAAUUUAAUGAAUAAAAUUAUGUUUUUGCAACUGUAAUUAUUAUUAUUAAAUUUCAUAAGUUGUAUUCAUUAGGGUGUCAAAUUCAAACUAGUUACCUUUGUUUUAUUUAUAUUAAGAUUUUUUACAUA